GUGAAUAGAGCCUUGUGAUGAAUGUCGUAUGUGAUGUUUAUGACCUGUUGGACAUUUUGUUUCAUCACUCAUUUGUCUUUAUUCUGACCAAGAGGAAACAUCUACAGCCAGAGCGAAUAAAAAGACGAAUCAUCAGCAUUUGGCACUUUUUUUCUUUCUUUCUAUGCAUUUAAAUAUAUAUAUUUUAAUAUACUAGUGUGAAUGUCUGUUUUAGUGUAAAUUCAACGGGACGCCACCAUGGGAAACUUAACUAUCAUACAUAAACUGUGUAUUUCUGUUUGUUGGGGUCUUCUGCUGAUGUACACGGCUGCAGAGAGGCAGUACUUCAUUAGCCCCCACAACGCCAGCUGGGCUGACGCCAGGAACCACUGCCAGGUCUGCUUUAAAGAGAUGGUGACUCUCACGCCACAAAACAUCCAGGUCAUCGCCAAAAUAAUAAACUCCACCCACUGGAUUGGCCUUCGCAAGUACAUAAACUACAAUGACACCUACAACGAAACCGAUGACUACGACUACGACUCCGACUCGGACUACGACUACUACAACUCCACCAACUCCACCAACACCUCGUCUAGAAGCUUCGGGACACCCUGGACGCUGUGGGCCAACGGGGACCCACUCAUCUUCCAGAACUGGUACCCCGGCUUCCCAUUGUUUAAAUCCCCAUUGCCAAAAAUAGACUGCUGCAGCUGCUCCUGCACUUGCCCGGCACCCCCCAGGUGGACGACCCCCUCGCCCACCACCAGUACGACAAGUCCGUCGCCUACCGGGUCGACAACGGGCUUCCCAACAGGUUCCGUUGUCGCCGAAUACUCCAGCAUAGACUCAACAAACAUCACAGUGACCGAGAGCUACGACAACACGACCGACUCUACCAGGUCUACCAGUUUUUAUGACGUUGACACCGGGACGGACAUGUUGACGAACGCCACAGAAUGGCUGAACGUCACGGAAUGGCUGAACGCCACAGAAUGGCUGAACGUCACAGAAUGGCUGAACGUCACAGAAAGGCUGAACGCCACAGAAGGGGCCAACUUAACACGAAGAGCCAGCAUCACCCAGGCGUGGGAUUCCACCACCGCUCCCGCACGUCACACCACAGAUACACCGUGGACGACCACACCGCAGCCGCCGAUAAUUUCAACGUGCGAACGAUCGCCCAUGCUGCCUCCCAUCAUACCAGAGAAUAAUAAAAACUACAUCGAGAACUCGUGUGUGGUCAUACUGGCCUUUGGACCUUGGGUUGAGAGAGAGUGCUUUGAAGAGCUGCCUUUCAUUUGCUAUGAAGACCGCUUCAUGGGGGCCAUCAACGUCUCCAACAUCACCUCCUCGUCUGCCGAUCUGCAGUGGGAUCAGGGGCCCGGUGACAUCAGCCACUAUCGCUUCCAGGCGUUUUCCCGGGAAGGUUCCUGGAACGUCACCAAAAACAUGCAUAAUUUGAGCUACACACUCGACAACCUCAUUCCAGGAACCGGCUACGUUAUCACAGUAUUUGCAGUGAAGUGUGAAAGGGACCUCAAUCCACUCAAUGGCUCCUUCUACACCAUACCUGGAGAGGUCCAAAACCUCACUGUGACCAGUUUUGCAGAAAACACUGUCAGUAUGAGCUGGAAGAAACCCAACGGGAACUAUGGCUUCUUCGAAGUCGUCGCCUUUUCAGCUUUGGGAACUGAAAAGCACAACAAGACCGUCAGGGAAGAAAAAAUGGAUUUUGACGGCUUGACACAGGGAAACGAGUACACUUUCAUUUUCCGCACAGGAGUCAACGACAGGUCCAUGUGGAGUAAGAACAUCAGCAUCUCAAAUUGCACCCGGCCUGGAAAAGUGUCCAACCUGAAACCUUUGGACAUCCAGGAUAAGAACUUAAUUCUCGAGUGGAAUCCGCCAGAGGGAAACUACAUAGAAUUUAAAGUGAUGGCCAAGGAUGGAAACGGGGAGCUGAAUGUUAUUGUGGAAAACAUAACAAGUCUUUUGAACAAACCAUAUAAAGUGAAAGUGUCCGGCCUCCAAAACGGCACUAAGCUUGACUUUUUUGUGAAAGUCUUGGGCGUUUGUGGCCUGGAGGGAGAAAUUGUAAACAUCACUACAUACACCGCUCCAGGACCAAUCUCAAAUUUGAAGUUGAAAGCAGAAGCCAAGAUCAUUGAUGCUACCUGGGACUUUACUCCAAAUCCUGGAAGUAUUGUAACCUUUACAGCCAAGCUUGUCUUGGAUGGCGAAGAGAAGGAAUCAAAAACCAUAUCAGAUAAAACUGUAAAAUUUGAUAGCCUGAAAACUGCCACUAAGUACGAAGUGAAGGUCUACGCAGUUCUUAAUAAUCUGAAAAGCCCAGAAACGCACAGCUUCAUUUUCACCCUCCCGUCGCCUCCCACUGGAGCCAAAGUAAACAGCAAAACGGCAUAUUCCCUCGCCUUUGAGUGGACUCCCCCAGAAUACUCAUCAGUACAGAACUACAGCUGCACCCUCAACUCUACAUUCUGGGGUUCCUCCUACGUUCAAAUAGUUAGCACCACCAUGUGCACUUUCACUGACCUGAUGUCAGGAAGCACAUACGACUUUAAUGUGUACGCUCUGAGUGAUAAUAAGGCGAGUGAUCCAGCACGCUGCAAUGGGACAACAGUUAAAGAUCCAGUGGAAAUCAGUCUGUCAAUGCUCUGCACUUCAGAAGUGUCUCUGUACUGUGAGAAAGACGAAACGAGGAAGGCUGUAUUUGAGGAGCUACAACACCACUUCAAGAAAAUCCUGGGGGAGUAUGUUUAUCAUGAAGUCAAGACCAUUUCUUAAGAGAGGAUUUAAUCAAGUGUUGUAACAUUUUGAGGCAUUAGAAAACAAUAUCUGGUUCACUUGGCAACUUUUAAAAUACCAACUCAGAAAACUUUACACUUUAUCACUAUUAUAUAAAGUAAGACCCCGUUACUCUUACACAGUUUCUAUUGCUAUAACAGCAAAUGAGGCAUUCAGGUCCACGUUGAGAGAAAGCUGACUAUGAAAUACCAAACACUUUAUUGCUACCUCUCAAUUUAGGAAAGGGUUUUAGAGCUUUUUUACAACCAAGCUCUGAUCCUUUUCCUUUUUGGACGUUUCCCUAUCAAACAUCAGUUCGUUUAUCUAAUACCAGUUCACAAUAAAUUUAAUCUUAUGGCAUCUUACAAGACAAAAGGCCAAAGUCUUGCGCAGUGCCUAUAAAGUAUUUACCCCUGUUCAUAAUAAAUGGUUUUCCUGGAAUUGUAAAGCGUUUCUCCACUAUUAAUACAUUGAACAGCAUGUACACUAGCUUGAUUGACAGCACUAAGCUGCUCCUCCUGGCUCUGAUUGGUUGCUGAAGUACCGGUUCCCGUAAAGCUAUCAGCUGAAAAUCUGGUGGAUUUCAGAUCAGGUUUUUGGUGCAUCCUCAAAAACCAGGAACGAUUUGGUUUUGGGAUUUUUCAGACUAUUUCCACUUUGUUGAACGAAUAUUGCAAAAGUUUUAUAGAUAUUGUUGUAUCAGUUCAUUAAUUGUUUUUAAAACUAAACACUCAAAAACUGAAACUUUGUUGCGAAAUAUUAAAUUCCAAAAUCACACUUUUAUCUUAAGAUUAACUAAUAAAUACUUCUUUGAGUCACAAUUUAACGUCAUUACGUUUUCUUUUUUGUUUUCUUUUUUAUGUGUAUCCACCAGAUGGCGCUAUUUAAUAUUCAAUUUAAAAGAGUUACAAUAUUGUAAGCUUAAGUGGGUUAAAUAGGUUUAAAUAGAUAAGAUUUCUUUUAAAAACAAACCCAUUAUUCACAUGUGAUUCUUCUUCAGAGCUUUUGUGGGUCUGAAAACUUUAUUUUGACGAUGCAGAAAAUUAAUAUUACUGUCAGCCAAUGACCCAUCUCCAGGUCUGAUAAAUAUGUUGCAAAUGCCCUUAUUACAUAUCUAAAAAAAUUUUUAUAAAAUAUUUUAAACAUUACUUGAAAUGUGAAAUUAGUUUUAAAAUUUCAAUAAAACACAUUGGAGUUAAGUUAACAAAAAAAUGCGAUCAGAUAUUUUAGUUAAAUGCCUCUGGCUGAAAUGGCGGAUCAAUAUAUAUUCAUACAACUUAAAAAGAAAUAAAUAUUCUAAAUAUCUGAAAGGACAUGCGAGCCAUUAUCUUCAGCUCUUAGUACAAAUUAACAGAAAUUGUGAUAUGUUAUCUUUGUAUUCAGUCACAAGCCUGGUAAUGUUAUUAUAGACAGAAUUAAAUUCUGAUUUUUGCUGUCAGUGUGCACAACUCAUGGCUCUGUGGAUAGAGUAGCCGUCUUGUGAUCAGAAGGUUGUAGGUUCAAUUCCAGCCUCCUCCUGCUGCAUGUUGAUGUGCCCCUGGGCAAGGCACUUAACCCCAAAUUGCCUACCGAUCUGCAUAUCGGUGUACAAAUGUGUGAGCAUUUGUGAAUGCAAAUGGGUGAAUGUGACUCUAGUGUAAAGCGCUUUGAGUGGUCAAAAUGACUGGAAAAGCGCUAUGUAAGUUCAAACCAUUUAACUCUCUGCAUUUGUUUUAUCUUGAUAAAUCAUAAGUAAUGAUGCUUGUUUUUGUUUCCUGCUCAACUUAAGAUGUGAAAUUAACAUUUGACUUGAGGAAAGAAUGGCUGAGAUUUGAAAGGAAAAAUGCUGGUUUGCUGACUUUACUACAAUUAUUCUGUAAAAAAAAUUAUAAGUAUUUUUAUAUGGAAAUGCUAAAUGAUGCAACUGUUUGUUGUUGUCCUGAAUCUGUCCAGUUUGACAUUACUGUUGUGAUGAUCCAUUAAAUUUGUUUUCUGCUGAUUAAUCUGAUUAUGUUGGAUUUGUGUCUUCCCUU